GGGUUUCCGGUGUGCCAGAGGGAACCGGAAGAAAGGCGCCGAGGCUGCAUUUGGAAGGGGCUCUGAGGAGAGAGAAGCCGAAGGAUGUCUUCAGGGGCUUUAUUUCCAAGCCUGGUGCCAGGCUCCCGGGGCUCAUCUAGCAAAUACCUGGUAGAGUUUCGUGCAGGAAAGAUGUCUUUGAAAGGCAGCACUGUGACACCGGAUAAAAGGAAAGGUCUUGUGUACAUCCAGCAAACGGAUGACUCCCUGAUUCAUUUCUGUUGGAAAGACAGGACUUCUGGGAAUGUGGAGGAUGAUUUGAUUAUUUUUCCUGAUGACUGUGAGUUUAAGCGAGUUCCUCAGUGUACUACUGGCCGUGUAUAUGUGUUGAAAUUCAAAGCUGGAUCCAAGCGACUCUUCUUCUGGAUGCAGGAACCGAAGUCUGAGAAAGAUGAAGAGCACUGCCGUAAGGUGAAUGAGUAUCUCAAUAACCCACCAAUGCCUGGAGCUCUAGGUGGCAGCAGAAGUGGAGGCCAUGAACUUUCCGCUCUUGGAGGUGAAGGUGGCUUGCAAAGCCUUCUAGGAAACAUGAGCCAUAACCAGCUCAUGCAGCUGAUUGGACCAACAGGCUUAGGUGGACUUGGUGGCCUUGGUGCCCUCACAGGCCCCGGUCUGGCAAGUCUUCUGGGAAGCGGAGGGCCCCCAACUAGCAGUUCCUCUUCAAGCUCUCGCAGCCAAUCCGCAGCGGUGACGCCAUCUUCCAGUACUUCUUCCACCCGGAUUACGCCCACGCCCGUGGCUCCUGCUGCCUCUACCACCGCCUCUGCCACCAGUCCCAGUCCUGCUCCAAGCUCAGGAAACGGAACCAGCGCCGCCACAAGCCCCACCCAGCCCAUCCAGCUGAGCGAUCUUCAGACCAUCCUGGCAACCAUGAAUGUGCCAGCAGGUGCAGGAGGGCAGCAAGUUGAUCUGUCCAGUGUGCUUACUCCUGAAAUAAUGGCACCCAUUUUGGCAAAUACAGAGGUUCAAGAGCGUUUGAUGCCUUACCUCCCUUCAGGGGAAUCUCUUCCACAGACAGCAGAUGAGAUUCAGAAUACGCUGACUUCACCACAGUUCCAGCAGGCACUGAGUAUGUUCAGCGCAGCCUUGGCUUCUGGGCAGCUGGGGCCUUUGAUGAGUCAAUUUGGCUUACCAGCAGAAGCAGUAGAUGCAGCAAAUAAAGGAGAUGUGGAGGCCUUUGCAAAAGCAAUGCAAAACAAUGUGAAAUCUGAUGAAAAGGAAGGAGACUCAAAGGAGAAGAAGGACGAAGAGGAAGACAUGAGCUUAGAUUAGGCCUCCCAGCUGUGUCUUAUGGGUCCUCCCAGAUACUAACUAUAAGGAAAGUAGGAUCGCUAGAUAAUGUCAUGUA